ACUCCCCAUUUCUUCACAUCACGUCUACAAAGCAACGAGUAGGCUCAAGCUAUGGCGAUUCUUGUGCGGACUUGCUGUUGUGGAUGUGACCUGCGCACAGGCAUUCUGCUCAUCGGCCUCUUCGGCUUUCUCUUGAGUGGACUCGCAAUAUAUCAGAAUGUUAAGAAUUACAAGACUGAGCGGGCCGAGGAUGCUGAUGCACUGAAGACAUUGCCAAUAUCUAAUGAAUACAAAGAAGCUGUACUCAAAUUGAGUGUGGUUGCCAUCGCAUUUACUGUCGUUACAGUGUUAGUCAAUGUCUCGCUGUUGAUUUCCUACUUCACGUUGAACAGAUAUCUGGCAUAUCCUUGGUUUUUCUGGCAAAUCUUUUCGCUUUGCUACAACUUAGGUGUGGCCAUUUUUCUCAUCACUAUUUGGGACGGGUUCACGUAUAUUUUUGUUCUUGAGAUCUUGGUAUGGCUGUUAAUGAAUCCAGAAGAGUUUAAAGGAAAUGACAAUCCCCGUUAUAGUGUUUUACCUCUGCAAACGAAUUUAGCUUUAAUUCCAGAAUCUAGAAGAGUUUAA